CGAUUAAAGGAGAACCUAUUUGUUUACAUAGAUCCGAAGUUUAAAUAUUUUCAGUUUCUCUGACAUCUUCUGGUUUCAAAAUUAGCCAGGGACUUUUUACUAUUUAAUAACUUACAAACAGUGAAAAUCCUUUCGAUUGUCUUGUUUAGUUAGCUCUCUGGAGCAGGUUUUACUACGAGGGUAGCUAGCUAGCUCGAUGUUAGCAGCAAUCUAUCGCUUGCUAUGCAUUUCACGAUGGACGACAGACUAUAAAAUUUGACCUCCGAUGUUAUAAACAAAUUGAAAGGUGGUUAUUUGCAAUUUUACAAAGAAUGGAUAUCAGUCUAACCAUUUCCCUAAUGCGGGGACAGAUGGGUACCGUGAUAGAGAGAGCGGUUAGUGCCGCUGUCGAGACGGUGUUGGGAGAGAUGCUUAGAGUGGUCGGCAUUAAAUUCGACGAGCUGAAGAUGGAGGUAGUAGCUAAAGAGAAAGAGGCGGAGAACAUAAGACAGAUGCUGGAGAUAUCCCGAUCUCAGAUGAAGACCAUGCGGAAACACAUGAACGCUCUGGGUGAGAACGCGCACUCUGCCACUUAUCAGUCCUACCGGACAGCAUUCGGCCAUUCUGAUCCCCGCAGAAUUCACGGUUCCUCCGAGGCCGCACUGGGUUUACCACAGCCGCCGAGAAGGACGGUUCCAAACAACAACCAAAUUCCCACUACAAAUGGAAACGUACAGGCAAGGAAUCGAGUCACCAUCACCAUACCCUCUGAGAAUAUGGUCAGGGCCACCCAGCCCUCUGAUAAUUUAAUCAGGGCCACCCAGCCCUCUGAUAAUUUGGUCAGGGCCACCCAGCCCUCUGAUAAUUUGGUCAGGGCCACCCAGCCCUCUGAUAAUUUGGUCAGGGCCACCCAGCCCUCUGAUAAUUUGGUCAGGGCCACCCAGCCCUCUGAUAAUUUGGUCAGGGCCACCCAGCCCUCUGAUAAUAUGGUAACCGUUAGGGCAACAUCAACAUCCUUUGACAGUCACGAUGAUCUGACAACUGUGAUCUCCCAGACUCUGGAGGACCGGACAUUGACACCCACUGUCUCUGCAAGGAACAGUUCAUCAGAGCAUCUGGAACCUUUGAAAGAGGAGCCCCCAGCCCUCCUAGACCCCGAGGUGUCUGAUGAUCAGAGGAGGGAGGAGGAAGAAGAGUGUCAGGCUGAGUGGACCAUAAGUACACAGCCACCAGAGACAAGCACAGACCCUGGGGCCCAGCUGGUCCUCUCCCCUCCCAGGACCGACGGAGCAGACUGCUCUGCCAGGAGUGUACUGCCAUCCUCCCAGCCCCUGUCCCAGUUCCAAGUGAAAGAGGAGGAAGCUGAGGUGGAGAUCAUCUGUAUCAAACAGGAACCAGAGGAGGUGGAGACCCUGCUGAUAAACCUGGCUGCCGAAGGCUUCAACUCUCAGGGCAACCUCCUCCUGGACAGUCAUAGGACCAUCCCAGGCUCUCAAAGCCAGAGGGAUAGGAGAGCACCCCGUCCACCACAGAGCCAGAGGACCUUAGGAGAGAAUACACCCUUCACCUCAGCCGACUCUUGUUCAUAUGGGCUGUCCCAGGCAGUGAUGUCCAUGUCAGGAGUUGCUCCCAGGCCCAUGGUGCGUCCGUGGCCCAAGGACCUGAGUCUGUACGAGGAGUUUAAAAUGAGACGAACUGAGCUGAGGAGGAGGAGCCAGACCCGUCAGAGGGAGAUGGAGAAGAACCUUCCCCAGCCUCUAUUAGCUGACCUGGUGAAGGAGAGACGAGAGAAGACCCGGCUCAGAGUUGCCCGCUGGAGAGCCAAGAGGAAGCUGCAGGCCUGUCUACUGACUCAGAUGACCCAACAGACACAACACCAACAGACUGGACCGGGACUGGGCCAGGGGAAUAGUCUGAACAGUGGGCUGGGGAAUCAUAGCCAGAUUAGCCACCCCACACAACACAAAACCACAGGCCCCACUCAGACUCCGCAGAGGAACAGUGCUGCCAUCUCUCAAUCGCAGUACAAUAACAGUUUUUUGUACAACAGAAGUCACUGUGAGACUGGGGCUGGUAACGUUAACUACCCUCCUCUCCAGUUCAACUCCUCCUCUCUAAUGCUGGGGCAACAUGGAGGACACAAUAUGGUGGAGCACAUUAUGCAGCCUACAAUGACAUCAUCCUCACAGCAGGGCCUCUCCCUGACAGACUCUGAGCUCUACCAGUAACAAGGGAUCAUGGGUAUUCAAAUCUUACCCAACAAGUUCUGGAUUACUGCUGUUUUUUGUUUUUGUUCUACCUGAUAAUGAAUUACACCCACCUGGCGUCCCAGGUCUAAAUCAGUCCCUGAUUGGAGGGGAAUCACCCACCUGGUGUCCCAGGUCUAAAUCAGGCCCUGAUUAGAGGGGAAUCACCCACCUGGCGUCCCAGGUCUAAAUCAGUCCCUGAUUAGAGAGGAAUCACCCACCUGGUGUCCCAGGUCUAAAUCAGUCCCUAAUUAGAGGGGAAUCACCCACCUGGCGUCCCAGGUCUAAAUCAGUCCCUGAUUAGAGGGGAAUCACCCACCUGGCGUCCCAGGUCUAAAUCAGUCCCUGAUUAGAGAGGAAUCACCCACCUGGUGUCCCAGGUCUAAAUCAGUCCCUGAUUAGAGGGGAAUCACCCACCUGGUGUCCCAGGUCUAAAUCAGUCCCUGAUUAGAGAGGAAUCACCCACCUGGCGUCCCAGGUCUAAAUCAGGCCCUGAUUAGAGAGGAAUCACCCACCUGGCGUCCCAGGUCUAAAUCAGGCCCUGAUUAGAGGGGAAUCACCCACCUGGCGUCCCAGGUCUAAAUCAGUCCCUGAUUAGAGGGGAAUCACCCACCUGGCGUCCCAGGUCUAAAUCAGGCCCUGAUUAGAGAGGAAUCACCCACCUGGCGUCCCAGGUCUAAAUCAGGCCCUGAUUAGAGGGGAAUCACCCACCUGGUGUCCCAGGUCUAAAUCAGUCCCUGAUUAGAGGGGAAUCACCCACCUGGCGUCCCAGGUCUAAAUCAGGCCCUGAUUAGAGGGGAAUCACCCACCUGGUGUCCCAGGUCUAAAUCAGGCCCUGAUUAGAGGGGAAUCACCCACCUGGUGUCCCAGGUCUAAAUCAGUCCCUGAUUAGAGGGGAAUCACCCACCUGGUGUCCCAGGUCUAAAUCAGUCCCUAAUUAGAAGGGAAUCACCCACCUGGUGUCCCAGGUCUAAAUCAGUCCCUAAUUAGAAGGGAAUC